UUGGUAACACACUAGAUUCAGUUCUCUUCACAUACCUUCACUAAAGCAUGAAGAAUAACUGAAGGCUGGACCCUGUAAGCCUCAGACAGAGCACAGGCCCCACCACCUCUCAAUUCCUGAUGGUGCUAAGCAGACAGUAACAAAUUCCAAGACCCUUAGAUAAGUGGAAAGCAAGUCAAAGUCUUCUAAAUAAGAAGACAGUGAUGGCUGAGCCACUUCGAACCAUUAUCAUCUGAUAACUCCAGGCACUGGCAGCUCUCUGUGCAAAGUGCUCCUGCGGAACUGCUUCCUCCUAGAGGGACCUUCUGGAAAUUUCACUGGACACCAUCUACUAUUGACACAUCCAGUGCCCCUGGGCCUUUCCAGAUUCCCAGGCAGGUUGGUUUAAAGACAACAUGUCGGCUACAGUAAAAGAAAGCCUUCAGCUUCAGCUGCUGGAAAUGGAAAUGCUGUUUUCUAUGUUUCCUAACCAAGGAGAAGUAAAACUUGAAGAUGUAAAUGCCCUAACGAAUAUAAAGAGAUAUUUGGAAGGCAGAAGGGAGGCGCUACCACCAAAAAUCGAAUUCGUGAUUACGCUCCAGAUAGAGGAGCCCAAGGUGAAAAUUGAUUUGCAAGUAACCAUGCCUCACAACUACCCCUUCGUAGCAUUGCAGCUGUUUGGACGGUCAUCUGAGCUUGACAGACAACAGCAGCUACUUCUCAACAAAGGUCUCACUUCUUAUAUAGGGACUUUUGAUCCAGGUGAGCUCUGUGUAUGCGCGGCAAUCCAGUGGCUACAGGACAACAGUGCAUCCUAUUUCCUGAACAGAAAACUUGUGUAUGAACCAUCUACACAAGCAAAGCCUGUCAAGAACACAUUCCUCCGAAUGUGGAUCUACAGUCACCAUAUAUAUCACCAGGACUUAAGGAAAAAGAUUUUGGAAGUAGGGAAAAGGUUAGAUGUCACUGGAUUUUGCAUGACAGGAAAGCCUGGUAUAAUAUGUGUGGAGGGUUUCAAAGAGCACUGUGAGGAAUUCUGGCACACAAUUAGAUAUCCCAAUUGGAAGCAUAUUUCUUGCAAGCAUGCUGAAAGCAUGGAGACAGAAGGAAAUGGCGAGGACCUGCGCCUUUUCCAUUCUUUUGAAGAAUUACUUCUUGAGGCCCAUGGUGACUAUGGAUUAAGAAAUGAUUAUCAUAUGAAUCUGGGCCAGUUCUUAGAAUUUCUCAAAAAGCACAAAAGUGAGCAUGUUUUUCAGAUAUUAUUUGGUAUUGAAAGCAAAAGUUCAGAGUCCUAACAAGCUAUAAUUUCAUUAAGUCUAUGUUUCUAUUAAUAAGACCAGAAUAAAAAGGCCAGUGGCUGUAUAGCAACCUCUAUGAGAAACCCAGCUUCAAAAUUUUCAACUGGUAAUGAUAAAAAAGAAAAGGAAAAAAAAAACUUUAUAACAGUGCAACUAUGAUGUUAUUUCUAGGUUCCUAUGUUUAGUCAUUUGAAAACUAUUUCAAUGUAAAUUAAUAAAACAGUUCAUUUAACCAUUGAAGCUGAUUUGAUUGAGUCUAAAAAUCCACAGUUAAUGUCAAAAAUCAAACUCGUAAAUAUGAACAACAUUUCUCCCUUUCAUGAUGCUAGCAUUUAGGAAAAAGAGCACAUUUACUACAUUUCUUACUUUUAAGUUAAAUCUCUAUUUUGAAUGUUCUCUGAUAGUAAACUAGAUUCUAAUAGCAAAGGCAGAAAAAAAUUAGUAAUGAAGUCUCGAGUAACGAAGAUAAUACACUAUGAUACAUAUUCUUCCUCAGGAUAGUUAAUUAUACUAGUAAUAACAAUAUCAUGACAAUAAUGAUAACGUUCUUUUUUUUUUCCCUUUUUAUUUUUAUUUUUUUAAAUUUAUUUUUAUUGUAAACAAAAUGGGAUACAUGUUUCUCUAUUUGUACAUGGAGUAAAAGCAUACCAUUUGUGUAAUCAUA